AUGUGUUUAACCGGUUUCAGGUUUGUAUAUUCGCAAAUAAAAAAAAAGAUAACAAUUCAGAUUAUAAAUAUUAUUCAAAAACAAAAAAAGUUUUAGGUAUAUCUUAUAAUAUCUGAUUGGAUAUUGUGAUAAAAAAAAAAAACAAAUUAAAACAACUAUUUUCAAUUAAAUGUUAUCGUCCGUUUCACGGUAAAACUAGCAAUAAGAAGAAAAAUAAUCAUAAUAUUUACAUAAUUUAUUGUAAAUUAAAAAUAUAUACCCAAUAAUAAUAUACCUAAUACGUGAUAUGAGUAAAAUUGAACAUUUUAAAAUUUUAAAUAUAUGUGAUUCAAUAUAGGUAUUGUCAUAACAAGAAUUUUAUAGAUUACUAAAAGGUUACACUCGUUAAUAAUUAUAAAUAUAUAAGUAUAUACGUUUUUUUUAGAUUGUUCUGGACGAUAAUCACAGUCGUUAGUUCGGGUGUCGGAGCUCUCCUGGCUUAUUUAAUGCUCUACCGUUACAGCAUUAGUCCCACAGUAACAACAUUGGAAACAUACAGCUAUCCCACGUGGAAAAUACCGUUUCCAGCGGUGACUCUAUGCAACGUGAAUAAAGUCCGAAAAAGUUUCGUACAUUCAAUCACUGAAAAACUGUAAGAUGCAUUUAAAAUAAUAUUAGACGUGUUUUGAUACUUGCAUAUGAGGGCAGUGGAUACUUAUAUUAUAAUAAUAUAACUGUCAAUUAUUAUGCCUAUUGGUAUAUUUUAUUUCAGUUUAACCAAACAAGUGAACGAAUCAGACAUUGAACAUUUUUUCAAAAAAAUCACUGCUUUAAUAACCAGGGAUAAUAUUGAAUUUUCUAAUAUCGAUAAAGUUGUGCAAGAGAGCGUAAUGAAACAUAUUAACGGUUCAAUUGAUGAUAUUAUGCGCAUGGUAUAUUAAUGGUUUCAAUUUAAUGCCUAUUUUGAAGUUUAAAAUAAUUAAAAAAUUGGUUUGUAUUGCAUAUUGAGGUGUCACAACCGUGUUCGGAACUAUUAAUUCGCUGUACGUGGCAAGGUAAUUAUGUCGACUGCAAUCAAAUAUUUCGCUCCUCCAAGACUGUAGAAGGCUACUGCUGUUCAUUCAAUUAUUAUCCAAAAAACAGAAAGUACGCACAUUUUUGUUUAUUUGUUCUUAAUAACUGGAAGUAGAAAAAUAAUUGCAAAAAUGUGACCAAAUAAGCGAACGAUUUGCACGAGAUAAAUAAAUGUGCAAACGAACACAAAUUGUUACAUAACAACUACCUAAUGUUCGUUAAAGAAAUAAUAGUACCUAGUAAAAUAUUUUUAUAAAAUUAUUUUUUAUUCUAUUCUAUGUGGAACCAGUAAUCUACAAUAACAAAUCACUAUUGAUUUUACAAUGAGUUAACAUUUAAUGAAUAGUUUAUUUUAGAUUCUGAGUGAGAUUCUAGUUUUACAAUUGAUGUGUGCUUAUUUUUUUUCUUAUCUGUUAACCGAUUUUAAACCAGAAUUCUUGCUCCAAUCGAAAAACGACAAGAAAUUGUUUUUGUAACAUUUUGGAUUUAGUUGGUUCAUUAAAGAGGUCAUUUUUUUGAUUUUUUUUUUUGUAGUUAUUCGGUAACUUGCGAUCAAUGUUUAAAAUACAACAACUGAAAGUUAUUUAAAUAUCAUUUAUACAAUCAGUUAUUUAAUUUCAUAUGAAAUUAAGAUAUGGGGAGGGGAAACUUGUGAAAUUAAUAAAAUUGUUAAAUAUAUUUUGCAAUUACCUAGUUUUACAAACGCCGAUUUUAUACAUAAGGAAUUUAAUGUACUCAAUUUUAAUCAACUACUUACCAAAUGUACCUUACUAUUAUUAGCUCAUAACAAAUAUUAUCUUAUAUAUGUAAACAUAAUUACAACACUUAAACACAAAAAAAAAAAAAAAAAUACGUGUAAUCGUUCCAAAUCACGGUAAAUAUUUCGGAGACGAAGUUGCUUAAAUCAUGCAAUAUCGCUUUGUAGAAACCCAGUAUUGAAUAUACACCAAUAGUAUACUACUAUGCGCAAUUCAUUAUAUAUUAAGGAUAAUAUUCAAGCAUUGAUCUGUUUGCACAUCUAUGUAUUGUUUUGAUACAGCCGUACAGGUAUCUCCGUAAAUAUACUAAAUGGCGGCGUUACUCCGUAUAAAUUGUUAAGCACGACGAUACUACAUAAUAUGUAGGUAUUGUAGGUACCUAUAAUUAUUUUUAAUUUUUUAAUUUAUUUUUUCUAUUAAUGUAGCUUUUCAUACAUUCAUUAUCGUAUAGUAUUGUUUAUACCAAUGUUUAGUUUAAGAACUUAACAUUUUUAAUACAAACAGUUGCUUAAAAAAAAUCAAGGACAAAAUCCCAUCCCGACAAAAUUCCGUUCGGAUAAAAUCUCACCAAAAAUAUAAAAUAAAAAAACCAAAUAAAUAAAACGGACGUAACAAAUUACAAAAUAAACGCAUUUAUCUUGACAUUUUUUCCUUCACAUUUUACCAGGCUAAGCAUACCCGAAUUUUAAAGAUAUACGUUUGAAGUUCAUUAAACGAGCCUGUUUUAAAAAUUGUUUCGGGUGUGUAAAUAUUUUAUUUUUUUACUAUUUUAUAAUUUAUCAUUAAAUGUAUAUACAUGUAUGUAUUAAUGACUGGAAAAAUUCGAAAUUGCAGAAGUUCAAUAAUCCGUUUUUUCAGAUAUUUAAUUAUAACCUAAUUAUACAUUAUAAUGUAUACGCCUAAAACACUUUUAAAACGUGCUAUUUAGUGAAUUUCAUACGUGUAUCUUUGAAAGUCACUAUCGAUCCUGCCAGUCCUAAGCUUAAUAAUGUGUGAAGGAAAAAUUGUAACGAAAAAUAUGUUUUCUUUGUAGUUUGUUUUGUUCUAUUUAUGUUUUUUAUUUUUUAUGCAAGAUUUUGUCCGGGCAAAAUUUUGUUGGAACGGGAUUUUCGCGGCGAAAUAUCGUUCGGUGAGAUUUUUCCGAACACCGAAGAAAGAAAGUGUGCCAACUAUGUGUACUCGUAUGCUUGUUAUGUGUAGUUGUAUUUUGUUUGUUUGAGAAUUCAAAUAAAAAAUAAUAAUAAUCAUUUCGAUAUUUGGGAAAACCGGAAAAAAGGGAAACAUAGGGCCGCUUUAUUUUUGGCCAAAGUUUGGUUUCCAAACUGAAUGAUCACUUCAUUACAGAAAUAAAGUGGACAUAAAUGGCUGUGUUUGGUUAUUGGUGCCUCUUUAAAUGUAUUUCGCCCGACUACUUUUUUAUGACCUCGGCGUCUCUCUGACAAACUGUAUAAAUUAUAGUUAUUGAAAUAAUAUCAUCUACUAUUUACAAAGCAACUGUUAUAAACUAUUUCAUCAGAUUUUAACACCGGUUUCGUUAUAUCUGAUCACUUUCAAGUAGUAAUUAUUUAUUAUUAUAACCAGAUCGAUGCUCUAUAACAUCUGCUUACAUCAUAAAAUCGAAACAUAUUUCGGACCAUAGUUUAUUAACCGAUUGUCUUAAAAUAUGUUGAUAAUAUAAGUGAAUCCGGAAUACGUCAAAAGAAAUUGUACAUUAGAAAUCAUUUCUAGGUGUGUCAUUAUUAUAUUACAAUAUUAUAAACGAAAAUUACGAAAUUAAUCGUACACAUACACAUCUGAUUUGUGUUGUCAAUUAAAGUCGACACUGUAAUGGCCACAUAAUAUAAUUUAAAUUGAAUAAAUCUUCAACCUUGGAAUGAAUUUAAUAGGCUUAAAAUAUAUGUACCUAUUAUAAUUAAAAGAGCUGAUACAGAGGACGGUUAUGCCACUGUUGUAGGUGAAAGUCAAAGUUAGAGUCAACAUUUUGGUGUAUUAUCUACAAAAGAUGUGCAUUUUGAUUAUUUUUAAAAGUGAAAAUAUCUAUCGUUCAUUAAUAUCCGUAAUCCUAUAUUAUACACUUUAUUCAUUCAAAAAUGGCUAAUUUCAUUCUAUUGCAAUAUUGUCAAUAUUUAAACUUAAAAUUUAAAUAAAACUGCACAUUUUGUAUAGAACUGCACAUUAAGGCGAGAACUGGUUUUAAGUGUUCUUUUAUACGUAUUGGCUUAUUGCACUAUUAUUACAAAAAUAAUUCAACCUGUUGUUCAAUUUACUAUUAAUUAAUAAUAUUUUUAUUUGCUAUGUGGUCAUUUAUUUCAAUUCUAUUUUUUUUAUAUAUAUAAGUAGUAUCAUUGUAUCAUUAUAUAGAAUCAACUCACACAGGAAAAUAUAGUUAACGUUAUCAUACUACCAUAGAAUACAUUAUUUUUUAUACAUCAACAAUCAACAUUUGUAUUGACCAUGACGUCUCAACUUACUCAUUUCUAAUCAUUUUUGUUAAGGCUUGAAUACUAUAUAUCGAAUAUAAUUAGUAUAUUUUUAAAAUUGAAGUAUUUUCUGAGGGUAGCGAAAUGAUAUCCUUACUAUACCACGAAAAUGUGCGGGGUAGAUAAAUGAAUCUUUCGAUACCCCUUAGUGAUGGCUAUGAUUUAUUUUUCACCAACUAGAUUAAAAAUGACACAAAAAAGAUUUCUUGUUUUUUUUAUUGAACUAUCGGAUCAAUGUUUGUGGUAGAAAACAUAGUUUGCAAAAAUUAAAAACAAUAAUAUCGGAAUGCCACCGUAAAUAUUUGCGUUUUACCUAUAAUUUUGAUUCUGAUUUUUCUUAACUAUUUUGAAAACCCCCUGAAAGAUCAAAAAAUGACCUCUAAUUUAUCAUCAAGAUAAAAUUUCCUUUUAGAAAAAUUGCUACACUUGAUAUAUAUCGGAGCGAGUUUUAUUUUUAAAAAGUCGUUUACAAACAGAAAACAAAUUUAAAAUAAAAUAUCAUAGUAAAACCAAUAGAUCCCUCGCUACGCUUCGAAUUUAAAAAUGUUUGAUUAAAAAAAUUCUGAAACAAAUUUCAAGAAUUUUUCGAAUAAACGUUUAAUCGGUUUCAAAUUUAAUAAGACAAUUUUACAUAAUUACAAAAAAAUAUUUAUAUUCUAUACAUAGACAAAAUUAAAUUUUUUCAUGGUAUUUCAGGGAUGGGUUCAACAAUGAAUACAUCGGAGGAACAGGAAGGAAGGACGGUUUAACUGUAAUUAUGAAUGCGAAUCCUCCUGAUUACUAUUCCACGACUGAUCCUUACUAUGGCGUAAAAGUGUGUACACUGUUUAUGUAUUAUACUUUAUUACCGUAUAUACUGUAUUAUGUUGUAUACCAAUACUACGGUAGUAUUAUAAUAUUAAUAAAAUUAUUAUUAAUGGAUAUUAUGUAUCGAUUAAAAAUUAGAUGUAUGCACCUAUAAAAAAAAAUUUAAAAAAUUGAAUCGUUAAUUUUCAGGAAACCCCAAAAUCCAAAAACCAGACAAGAGAACUUCCUUAA